AUGGAGUCCUUUGUGAUUAGCAAUGUUUUCGGCGCUAGAAACAACAGAGGGGACAACUUUCUUCAUGACAUUUGCCACCAUGGGUGUUUGUCCCUACUUCUACGAGCUGAAUGGUGUCUAGACCAAACGCACAAUCUUCUGUUGCAGCAAUUCAAUUAUGAAGGAUACCAGUGCGUUCAUAUUGUUGUGCAACGCCACAGAGGGCAAAAAGCAUUGCAGCUGCUGGAAGUCUUGAUGGACAUGGGAGCAGAUCUGAAUGCACCAGACAGAACGUCAGGAAGUACUCCGCUUCACUUAGCUGUCAUCAAUGAGGAUUACGAGCUGGUAACUUGGAUGUGUCAGGAGAUUAGUGUGAACCUAGAAUCUUGCGACUAUUCUAGGCUGACGGCCUACCAAGUCGCUUGGAAGAGAAAUGAUUACAAAAUGAUGAAAAUUUUCGAGAAAUUUGAUGCCGACUGUGACCAGCCGUACUCAAGUGAAAGUGAAAGUGAAAAUUAG